AUAUCUCUUCUUUAUUAGUUGAUAUAUCAUAUAUGUUGUUAUGGUAUCAAUUUUUUUAAGUCUAUUUAAUUGUUUUUUUUUCUAUUCUUUUUUCCAACUUAUUGUUUACCUAGCAAUGGGAACACCUUUCUUCUCUGCAUGUUAGAAUCGCAGUGGUUGCAGCUUAGAUGCAAUAUUCAGUUUGUUUUUGUUAGCUUGAAUGAUUCUCUUUUAGUCUCUAUCCUUCCCUUCUUUCAGUUCAAUGACCUGUUCUCAAAUUUUUAUGCUUCAUAGAGGACUCCAUGAGAGGAAUUUGAUUGCAGGGAAACGAGAAGCAAUUUUUUGGUGUUGUGGUUUCAACUUCCAUACUCUGCAUAAUAGAAAUACGGUUUGAGUAAAAAACUCAAGAGACUACAAACCGCUUACCAUGGUUGGAUUGGAACUCAUACCGAUAGGUACAAUUUUGGCUGUUUUAACUAGCCAGGUUGUGAGAACAGCUAAUGCUGCAAAAGAUGUUCUUAUCGACAAAGAAAGUUUUAAUAUCCUUUCGAAACACCUGCUUGAUAUUGCACCAGUCCUAAAGGAAUUGCAGCUUCAGGAACUGAAUGAGUCACAAGCUGCAAGGGUUGCUCUGGAGUCUCUUGAAUCAGAUGUAAAACAAGCAAGUAAUUUGGUUGAGAAGUACAGGAACAGCGGCCAUUUUUACUUACUUAUGAAGUGUCAUUACAUAGUCAAGGAAGUUGAACAAGUCAUUAGGGAUAUCGGAAGGUCUCUAGCUGCAUUGUCUCUUGCAAAUACUGAAGUCCUAUCAAGAAUUUCUGAUCAAGUCAACAGACUACAGAGUGAGAUGCAAAGGGCCGAGUUUGAGGCUUCACAAUCUCAGCUUGACAUUGUUGAUAAGUUGAACCAUGGAAUUAAGGAGCAAAAAUUAGAUCAGGCUUUUGUGAACGAUAUGCUCGAAGAGAUAGCAAGGGCAGUCGGGGUGCCAGUGGAGCCUUCAGAGAUCAGCAAAGAGAUAGCCAGCAUUAGGUGGGAAAAAGAAGAAGCUGCAAACAGGAAAGAAAGAGCAGAAGUUAUAUUUUUGGAGCAGAUCAUUUUGCUACUCUCUCAAGCUGAUACAGCAAGUGAUUUCGAAGAAGUUAAGAAGCAAUAUUUUCAAAGGGUUCAGGUAAUAGAAAGAUAUGGUUCAAGGGAAAAAUAUAUUCCGCCACUUAAUUCUUUCUGUUGUUCGAUAACUGAAGCUGUUAUGGUAGAUCCUGUCAGUCUUUGCACCGGUACUACAUGUGAGAGAUCUGCCAUCGAAGUUUGGUUUGAUGAUGGCAAUAUGACUGACCCGAAAACGAAAGAGGUUCUUGAAGAUACUACCUUAAGGUCGAACAUUCGGUUAAGAGAAUCCAUAGUAGAGUGGAGAGAACUUAAUUGCUGCUUCAGAAUAAAGUCUAUCAGGGAAAACUUAUUAUCUAAUUCUGGCUUAUUAUUGCACGAGUCCUUGAGUCAGAUGCAGGCUCUCAUAAAAGAGAAUUCGAUUAAUAAGGAUUGGAUUUCUAUAGGAGAACUUACUGAUAUUAUCAUCUCCAUCCUUGGGAACUCUGAUUCUAUAGAUGUCAAGAUGAAGAUCUUGAUUACUUUGAAGGGUGUUGUUGAGGGGCAUGCAAGAAACAAGGAAAAAGUGGUUGAAUCUCAAGGAUGGCGAUACAUUAUUUCCUGCUUACACAAUGACUCUAGAGUAAUAAAGGAAGCAGUUGACUUGCUCUAUGAAUUGCUUCAAGACCGUUCUGGUUGGAAUAAAAGUUUCUGCGAAAAACUUUCUGAGCAUCCCAGCACGGUCAAUUACCUUGUUACCAUUCUAAACGGACCUGUCAGCGAUUCAAUUGAAACUGCAGAAAAGAUUUUGACGGAGCUUUUUGAAAUAGAUGAGGAAAAUAUUUGUUGUGCUGCUAAGUUUGGCUGGUACAAAGCACUUGUUGAUCGCAUGAUUCAAGGUAGCAAGACUUUCUUUUCCAGUUCAUCUUUGUUGCGUUGA